UUGCUGUGGAACUAUCGCUCUUCCGACUCAUCGCUACUCGCAAUGCGAUCAUCAAUUCAUUGUUUUGACGCUGCCAAUUGACAGUCGGAUGAUGCUGUCCAACUCAGUUAGUCUGAGGCUCUAUCUUCAUGAUUGAACAGUUUACUGGCCUGGAUUUGAAGAACUGAUCUGUCUAGUAUUUUUCUUGCUGUCUUAGGCUAUGUUUGCGAGGUUUAGAGUUGUGGGAUUGUGGGGUCAGUCGUUUUUUGGAAUUUACUAGAGUGAUUAGUAUUUUUAAGAUGGAUUUUUCGAUUGUGACUAUGUUUAGGUUGGGUUGAUGUUGGGUUGAGAGUAUAGAGUUAGGGCUGGAAGUUUGGGCGGAGCUAGGGAGUAUGUGGAGGUGAGUUUAUGAGUGAGUGAGUGAAGAGGCGAGGUCAAGAAAGAGGAUGAAUUUCGGAGGUGAUGGUUCGGCUGGGACGAAUUUGCGCCGAGAUCCCUUCAAAUCGUCAGUGGGAAAAGGUGCUGGACAGAGGAGACGGCAAGCAGCCUUAACUGUUGGAAAAGACCGACGGGAGUCUGUUGUUCGGGCGAAGCGGCUGAGAAGGGCAGAUCCUGCAGAGCAAUGGGAUGGUGAUGCCAUGCAUAUUGUUACAGAUGGCGCAGAUGAUGAAGCUGCAUACAAAGACCUCGAGGACAAAACUGUCGCUGCUGUUCUCAACCUCAAAGACUUAGCAAAAGAAAACACUGCAAAGAGAAUAGAGGCUUUGCAGAUCUUGAGGCGACUAUUGUCGUGCUCUGCGUAUCCACCAGUUCAUGUUGCUGUGCAAGCUGGUGUUGUGCCUCUUCUUGUCGAUUGCCUGGGUUUGGAUGCCACUGAAGAUCAGCUGUUAGAGGCAGCAUGGUGCUUGACCAACAUUGCCUCUGGAGAUCCUGAACAAACACGUGCUGUGAAGCCAGCGUUGCCUCUUCUUAUCAUUCGUCUUGGAGAGAAUACUCCAGCCCAGGUGGUAGAGCAGUGUGCUUGGGCAAUCGGCAAUGUGGCUGGAGAAGCGGAAGACCUACGCGAUUGUUUGUUUCAACUAGGUGCUCUUUCUGCACUGGCGCGCAAUCUCUCCUCUCCCAUAAUCACUCUGGCUCGCACAGCUGCUUGGGCUUUAUCGAACCUUAUUAAGGGACCCAACCCUAGAGCAGUGUUAGAGCUCAUGGAAAUGGACGGCAUUAUUGAUAUUCUUGGUCGACUCGUAUCAAACGGGGAUGACGAAUUGGUGGUGGAAGUUGCGUGGGUUCUGGUCUACGUGACAUCCAUGUCUGAUGUACAUUGUAGUCAAAUCAUCCAUGCUGGUCUUCUCGCACCUCUUGUGGCCCGCCUGACCCAUUGCCGCCGACAUCACCCUUUAAUGAUACCGAUUCUACGAUGCAUCGGUAACAUUGUAGCCAGUGACAAUUCGAAGUGUGAUGAUGUGUUACUUGCUGGUCAGUCCCUUCCAGGUGGAAUUAUUGGUGCCCUAGCAAGAAUUUUAGAGACUGGACAACGGACUCUGCAGAAGGAAGCCGCGUGGGUAGUCUCUAACUUGGCAGCUGGCUCUAUCUCACACAAAGUGGCAGUGUUCAAAGGGGGUGUUGUUCCUCCACUUCUGCAUUUGCUAGCCACGUCAGCAUUUGACGUUAGGAAAGAGGCAGCUUAUGCCCUAGGGAAUUUAUGUGUGGCCCCACGUGAGCAAGGAGCAGAAGGAAAACCCAUUUUGGAGCACUUGACAGUGUUGGUGGACCGGGGUUGCCUUAUGGGCUUCAUAGCCCUUGUAAAGUCUCCUGAUUUAGAAGCUGCUAAACUUGGGCUGCAGUUUCUAGAGCUGGUUAUGCGGGCAUUGCCUAAUGGGAAAGGCCCAAAGCUUGUUGAGAAAGAAGAUGGCAUUGCUGCUAUGGAGGAGCUUCAGUUUCAUGACAAUGAAGAGCUGCGUAUCAUGUCCAAUAUAUUGGUUGAUCAGUAUUUUGGUGAAGACUACGGCUUCGAAGAGGAGCUUGAAUCAGGUGAUAUGAGGACCGAGGAUGACUCAGAGUAUCCACCUUGGCGGAGAGGUGGGUUAGCUGGUUAAUUAGGAGGAAAUUUAUGGAUAAGCGGUUCGUCCAAUCAAUCUUAGUUGUGAUGCUUGUAAUGUAAUCAUAUAGUUACAAAAUCUGAUUUGCACUUCUAUGCUGAGUUCCUUCCUAGAUAAAGAUUAGGUCGUCAGCAUGUCGCAAUGGUUAUGUGCUUACUGAAGAUGGUGUGUACAGUCGAUCUCAAUUCAAGGUCACUUUUAAAUUGCUACGAUUGGUCUUAGGUCUCGGAAUAUCAUUCAGGCACAGACCACAUCAAGCACAUUGGUUUGUUCAACUGGGUUGUUAUUUCAUACUAGACUAUAUCACAAUGUCACCCCUUUUAGAUUAAUACAUGUGCUGUGCUGAAGUUCUGAAAA